GCCCCUCCUGCCCCGCUCGGCGGAGGAGGACAAAAACAUUUGGCUAAUGAGUUACGGAGCGCAGCGGGUCCAUCCCUGGGGCGGCCCUGCCAUUGCUCACCACCGUCCCCAAUCAGGGACGGGAGAUUUUGCAAUCAGGGACGUUAUUUCUGUGCAGUUGGAGUUUAAACUUUGCCACUCGGGUCAGGGCAGUACAGAGGAAGAGGAGGAGGUGGCCGGGCUCGGUGUCCGCCCUGCUCCCCUGUGCACCGAAGGGGUUGAGAAGACAGGACGGAUCCGUGGGAGUGGGAUCUCACGCAGCCAUGGCCUCUGGCGUGGACAGCCUUGACAGCCUCGACCUGCUGGACCUCCUCUUUGACCGCCAGGACGGGAUCCUCCGUGGCGUGGAGCUGGGGACGCCACCGGGCACCUGGCACGAGGACAGGCGUGCCCAGGACAGCGAGGACUUCCUCAGCUCCAUCCUGGGCUCUGGGGACUCGGUGUCAGACUCACCCAGCUGGUCCCCGGCUGCCAGUGACAGCGGGGUCUCAGAGGACCCCCCCUCCGACCAACUCGACAGCCCCCCCAGGUGCUUUGACAGGGGUCCCAGCGAGGUCCUGUACCCCUACGCCAACGCCUGCCGAGCUCUGCCCGUCCCAGGGGGGACUGGGGUCCCACAACCCGAUGUCUCCAUCGAUUUGGACAUGUGGCACCCCGGGUUCUUCCUGGAGGAGAGCCAGGACCUGCCCGUGGUCUCCCCACCCCCUGCAUCCUGCACCCUCACCGUCAAGGACCUGCUGCUCUCGGGCAGCUCCGACGCUCAGCCACAGGUGCCCGGGUCCCUGCUGCGGCAGAGCCAGGGGCAGUUCCAGGAGCUGGUGCUAACGGAGGACGAGAAGAAGCUGCUGGCGAAGGAGGGGGUGUCCCUGCCCACCCAGCUUCCCCUCACCAAGUACGAGGAGCGGGUGCUGAAGAAGAUCCGGCGGAAGAUCAGGAACAAGCAGUCGGCUCAGGAGAGCCGCAAGAAGAAGAAGGAGUACAUCGACGGGCUGGAGAGCAGGAUGUCAGCCUGCACCGCCCAGAACCAGGAGCUGCAGAGGAAAGUCCUGCACCUGGAGAAACAGAACUCGUCCCUCCUGGAGCAGCUGAAGAAGCUCCAGGCCCUCGUGGUACAGUCAAGCAACAAGGCAGCGCAAACAGGAACCUGCAUCGCGGUCCUGCUGCUCUCUUUCACACUCAUCGUCUUCCCCUCCAUCAGCCCCUUUGCCCCCAGCAAGGCUGAGGCGAACGGCGACUUCGGACCCGUGCGAGUUUUCUCCAGGUCCCUGCACAACGCGGCCGCGUCCCGCGUGGCUUACACACAGCCCCAGGCUGGGGAUGAGAAGACCCAGGAGCCGCUGUGGUCAGAGCGUCUGGAUGAAGACCCUGAGACCCUGCAUGAAGCCUUCGGUGUCCAUGCCUUCACCCCACGCCCAGACAAAGUCUCCCCCCGUAACGGCACGCAGCCGCUGGCCUCCGAGGGGCUGAGCCACGGGGACGGGGACCAAGGUGACACCAUGUCUGGGGACAGCACCGCGCCGCACCGCGGCCUGGCAUCGCUGGCUUGGACCGAGGGUGGCCACAGCAGGCCCGCGGUGCUGGAGCCGGCCGAGGAGCUUUAAGCAGCACCCAGGGACCACGGGGGAUGCGAUGGGGGUGGUGGCUCCGCACCCCAUCCCCUAUGGGACGAGCCCUGGAGGUGGCCCCUCUCGAAUCUGCCUCCGGGCGCGGGCAGGUGCUGGACCCACUUGGCUUCGCUUGUAUCUGUGAACUGGGAAGAUGAGACCGGUUCCCACUGGCCUUACUGGGAGGGAAGGGGCUGCUCCUGGCCCCUGGGUGCAGCAGGACUUGCAGAAGGGACACAGGGUCACCAAGAUGGGGACGAGGGGCCCUGGGCUGGUUGGCUAUUGAUGUUGUGACUGGUUGGUUUU